AUGACUCAAGAGGCAAAACAAGUUAUCAAUGAAAUGCUCGAGAAUGAACUAAAACCUGACUAUUAUAUUUACAGUAGUUUGAUUGAUCGUUUGGUGAGAGUAGAAGAACUUGAAGAGGCUUUCAGUGUAAAAGAUAAGAUGGUGACCACGAGUAUUCAGCCCAGUGCUAUAACAUAUAACAUGCUUAUUCAUGGGGUAUGUAAAAAGGGUAUGGUGAAAGACGCUGAUAAGCUCUUGGAUGAGAUGGUGAGGAUGGGUUAUACCCCAGAUUCCAUGGCUUAUACUUCAGUUAUUGAAGGACAUUGUAAGAAUCAGAAUUUGGCCGAAGCUUUCGAUCUUCUUGCCAAGAUGAAGCAAAGAAAAGUGAAACCAUAUGUUUGUGGUAACUUAUAG